UGUUAUAGAGACGGCAACAAUGAUGGCUGCUCGUGUUUCGCCAACUAGCCAGUGAAUAGUUAAAUCAAAUGGGUGCUAAAAUAAAAUCCCGUUUCACAAAUACACACAUCAUACUCACAAACGUUCUUAAUUACCUCAAAUAACUCCCGCGCAAGUUAAAAAAAAAAAUAUUUUUUUUUUAUUAUUUAUUUUUUCAUAAAUUAAAAAUAAUAAUGCAGUUGUAAAUAAUCGUUGAUGAUUUAUCGCGAGUGUCGAAUUAAAAUAAAUUUAAUAAUAAAAAAAAAAAAAUAAUAAAUAAAAAAAUCAAAAAUAAUUAUUUAUUUAUUUAAUAAUUAAUAAAUAUCAAAAAUGAAUGAAGGUGCUUGCAUAGUUAAAGAUUGUGAUUUGAUGUUAUCAAAUAAUCAAGAAUCAAUAACAAUCGAUUCAACAGAACGUCAUAAAUCAAUUUCUGAUGACGAUAAUGAGGAUGAUGACGGUAAACAACAGCCGACCUUGGAUCAAUUUAAUAAUUCAUUAAUUACUAAAACUAAUGAUACUAAUGAUGAUGAUCAUGAUCAUAAUAAUGAUGAUGGUCAUGUUGAUGAUAGUAAUUAUGGUGACAAAAAUAUUGUCAAUGAUAUCGAUCGAUUAUCAACAAUUGAAGAUAAAACAUCACGUGUCAGUUUUCCUCCAGAUGAUCAAUUGAUUACUGGGUAUUUGGAACCUGCGAAUCCAUGGCAAGAAGCUCACAAUGUUAGUCUUGAAAUUUUAUUACGUGCAUAUAUAAAAUCAUGUGAAAAACACGGUAGCACACCAAUACAAAAUGUUAUACGACAGUUAGAAAAAUUAGAUUUAACAAUAAAUGAUAAACGUCACGAGGAAUUGAGUUUACGAAAUGAGGAAUUGGGUAAAUCAAAUUCCGAACCACUGGAAGAAGUAUUCAGGCGGUUGCAAUUUGUUAAAAUAGAUCUCGAAUCAUCAGGUUUAGAUGAUGAAAGUGCUGAAACAUUAUUCGAUAUGUUUGAAUACUACGAGUCAGCAAAUCACGUUAAUAUUUCUCAUAACGGUAAUAUUGGAGCACGUGGUUGGCAAGCAUGUGGAUUAAUGAUCAAAAGGACACUUUGUCUUGAGCAGUUGGAAGCACGUGAUAUUGUUUUGACCCAACAGCACAUGAAUAUUCUUAAACGUCCAUUGCAAUAUGCAGCACAUCUACAAAUACUUAAACUUGAAAAUUGUGGUCUAGCUGGACGUGCUUUUGUAAUACUGGCAGCAGCAUUAAAAGUUUGUACGGGUUUAAAAGAAUUAUAUUUGGCUGAUAAUAACUUAGCUAAGUAUGAUGCUAUACAAUUAGGAGGAAUGUUAAGAAUCAAUCAUCAUCUACAAUUACUGGAUGUUAGUAAUAACAAUUUACAAGAUGGCGGCGUUAAGGAAAUUUUAAAAGGUUUGAUUGCUCAAGCGGUUGAAGAAAACAAAGAGGCUCGUGGUCUGGGUGUCUUAAUAUUGUGGAAUAAUCAUUUUGGACGUGAUUCAUCGGAUGUAUUUUCUGAUGUCUUGAUGCACUCAAAGACAUUAGAGACAUUGAACAUCGGGCAAAAUGCUAUGGGCGAUGAAUUUCUUGAAGUUUGUAAAGAGUCGCUACGUCGUAAUCAAACUCUCCUGCAGCUAGGAGUCCAAUCAACGGGCCUCAUUCAAAAAGGUGUUCUCGCACUCGCGGAAAUUAUCGAAAAGAAUGAGACACUCGAGAGGAUAGACCUGCGAGACAACAAUCUUCAGCUGACCGGUUUGACGUUUCUGUCUCUGGCAUUAAAAAAAAAUACAAGUAUCACUCGUAUUGAUUUGGAUGACAAAGCAAUCAGUAAAUCUCCGGCAAUGGCUGAUCAGUAUAUCGAGUUAAUAAAUGAAAUACGAGGUUACUGUGAACGGAAUGAAGAAUUAUAUGAUCAAGAAGAAACUACAUCAGAAUCAACUAGUCCGGAACAUCGCAGUCGCGUAUCAAGCGUUAGCUCGCGUAAGAUCUCGUUGACUUGUCAGACACUGCCAGCACGCUCACCUCCUUUAAUGGGCGCCACGAGCGAGGUCGUUGUCGGAGGUAGCAGCAGCUCUGCAAAAACGUCAUCGUCUGUAUCGUCUACGUCAGCAUCCUCGACAAUGCAAAUGGCUAAACGUACAAGCGGUGGACGUUUACGUUCACCAGCACCAUCGCCAAUUCCCUCGCCCGUGGCAAGCCCAAUUCCAAGUCCAUCACGAAGUCGUUUCGUUGUUUCACGUGUAUCUGAAACAUCAUUAAGUUCUAAUAAUUCAUCAGCUUCAUCAUCACCUGUCACACCUCCACCUUCAUUUUCAUCAUCACCCACUAUCUCAUCAUCCUCGUCCUCCUCUACGUCAACGUCCACGUCCACGUGUUUCUUUCCACCGGAUGGUUCACGUUUUCGCGUUACUGUUAUUGCACCAGCAUUAAAAAUUAAUGAAACAGAUUUUACGGAUUCUGAUGAUUCUGAUAGUGUUUUUGUUAAUCAAUCAUCAAUAAGGCCCAAUUUGACGUCUGCAGAUACAACAAUAAGGCCCAAUGUUACAACGGAUAUUAAAAAAGAUAUUCAAUUGUCUACAGAAAGUUUAGAUUCUUUAGAAUUAAAUGUUAUUGAUGUAAGGCCCGAAUUAAACGAAGAAAUAAGGCCCAAUGCAGUUGAAGAGAUAAGGCCCAAUUUGGUAGAUGUAAACCCUGCUUUAACAACAGUCGUUGACUCUAAAUUACCUUCGGAGAAUUCAGAAAUGUCGACGGAUUCAUCAAGUCCCAAUUUAUCAACUGAUAUGAUAAGGCCCAGUUCAUCAUCUGGAAUACCUAAUUUAUCUGACGAUAAUUGUCAAAAUGUAACGGCGGUAACAACGAUAAAAUCUAGUUUUACAACAGAAAUAAGGCCCAAUUUUACAACAGAUAUUAUAAGGCCCACUUUUACUUCCGAAAUUUUAAUUUCCAAUGUAUCGUCGGUAGAUGAUGCUUUAAACUUAACGGUAACAGAUGUUACUGACUCAACUACUGCUGAAAUAAAGCCCAGUUCAUCUGACAUAAGGCCCAAUGUACUAACUGAAUUAAAUUCAACGUUAACUGACACAAGGCCCAAUAUCUUAAUUCAAUCAAUGGAAUUGAAUUCAUCACUAAUAGAAUUAAGUCCCAAUUUAUCAACGGAACAAAUAAGACCCAAUUUGUCAUCUGAAGAAAUAAGGCCCAAUUCAAGUGAAUUGAUCCCCGUAGAAAAUAUAACAUCUGAUAGAUCUUCGCAAAACAAUAACUUAAGGCCCGAUUUAACGGCAGUUAACUUAAGGCCCAAUUCAUCAGAAAUUGAUAUAAGGCCCAAUUCAUUAAAUGAUACAAAUUCAUCUGAUCUUAAAAUCAUUGAUAUUUCUUCAACAAGUGAUAUAAGGCCCAGUUUAUCUGAUAAUAAAAUAAGGCCCAUUUCACCACCAAAAAUACUUGGAUUUAAUUUACCACUAAGUAAUAAAAAUCCCAGUACUUCAUCGCCAGAAUUGAAUCCAAAUACAUGCGGAAGUGAUCAAAAAUCAAAAUCAUCUAAAAUAGAAAUAAGGCCCUCUUCAUCAACAAGUGAUAUAAGGCCCAAUUUAACAUCUCAAACAGAACAAACUAUCACUGAAUCAAGAUCACAAGCAUUACCACAAUCAUCAUCAUCAUCAACAUCGAGUCUUGAUCGUCUUUUGGGCCUUUUUCAAAACACUGGAAGUUUAUUUACAACUUCAGCAUUCGAGCCAUCGCGUAAUUACACGUCACCAUUUCAUCGGGUUACAAGUAUGAUGGCGCUCGGUGAUAAAUUUCAAAAGUACCUGCGAGAAGGAUUGAUUGAUUCAGAUAAAAAUUCCGAUGAUCAUAAAAUAAACAAUCAUCAUAAUCAUCAUCAUCAUCACAAUGAUCAUCAUAAAGAAUCAUCAGAAGCAGCAUUUAAAGACAGUAAUGUACCUGUUGUAAGUGUUUUAGUUGAAAAUAAUGAUGAUAAUCAUCAUGACAAUGAUGAUUAUUCGUUACCAAUGACGUCGUUAAACGUCACUGAAAAUUGUGAUAACACAAUCAUCAGUAUUAAUCAUCCUAAUUUAAUAAAUAACGUUGAUAAUGAUAACGAUACUCAUUUAUUAUGUAAUAUAACGUGUGAUAUAAGUGUAAAUAAUUUAUUAGAUGAUUUAACGGUUGACAAGGACCAUAAUAACGAUAAUGAUAAGGAUAAUGAUAAUAUAUUAGUUAAUGAUUUAUUGCAUCCGGAGGUAGAAAUAAUUUACGAACACUGUGAAUCCUUUGAUGAUCACGACAAUUGUAAUUUAAUUGAUAAAAGCAAUGAACAAGUUUCACUCUCGCAAAAUUUAUUGAUCGAUAGAUCUAUCGAUCGUUCAGUUGCCCAUCGCAAUAGUCAGGAUUCGGGAAUUGAAGAGACAAAUCCAUGUUGCGAAGAUAAUCUGGAUGGUUUUGCUGGUAGCUUAGAUUCGGGUAUUGAAUCUGAAUGUUCAUCGGUUUGUGUUAAAGCUGAUGAAAUAGUUAAUGAUGACACUAGUGGUGGUGAUGAUGAUCACAGGAAUAAUGAUAGUCAAGAUGUUGUUGUUGUUGUUAAUGAUGAUGAUGCUGAUGAUGAUAAUAGAAGAUUAGAAGAAUUAAAAAAGGCAUUUAACAUUCCGGUAUCUAAUGAUGAUAAGAUUUUUUCAAACUCAUAGCUGUGGAUACUGAUGGAUUAAAUUUUAUUAUUUAUUAUUUAAUCAAUGUCCGACGAGGAAAUAGUCGUCAGUAACCUUCAAGUGAAAAAUGAACGUCAAAGUAACGUGUACGAGUACCAUUUGACUGAAGGCUUAGAUGACGUCACCACCGAGCUUGAACCAGAAUACCAACGGUAUACAAAAUGG